AUGGGUCAUGGAAAGAUGUUCUUGUUUCUGAUAUGCCUCCUGGCAGGGACAAUGUCUACUGUGAUGGGUGAAGACCCUUAUGUAUUCUACACAUGGAAUGUAACAUAUGGGACAUUAUCUCCUCUUGGAGUUCCACAACAAGUAAUUCUCAUUAAUGGCCAAUUUCCUGGGCCACAAAUUAACUGCUCAUCCAACAAUAACAUCGUUGUGAAUGUGUUUAACAAGCUUGAUGAGCCUUUGCUUUUCACCUGGAGUGGGGUCCAACAUAGGAAGAAUUCAUGGAUGGAUGGUACAUUAGGAGCCCAAUGCCCUAUCCCUCCAGGAACCAACUUCACCUAUCGUUUCCAAAUUAAAGAUCAAAUCGGAACGUUCUUCUAUUAUCCCACCACAUCCAUGCAUAGGGCUGUAGGUGGUUAUGGUAUCAUUCGUGUGUUUAGUCGUCUAUUGAUUCCAGUUCCAUACCCAGAUCCUGAGGAUGAGUUCAAUGUUCUCAUUGGUGAUUGGUACACUAAGAAGCACGCCACACUUCUAAAGCUCUUGGAUAGUGGGCGAUCUAUUGGCAGGCCUGCCGGUGUGAUCAUCAACGGCAAAACGGCGAAGGGUGAUGGAAGCGACGAGCCACUUUUCACCAUGAAGCCUGGUAAGACAUACAAAUAUAGAAUUUGCAAUGCUGGGAGUAAGAAUUCUCUAAACUUCAGGAUCCAAGGCCAUGGCAUGAAGCUCGUUGAGACAGAGGGAUCUCAUGUUGUUCAGAACAUUUAUAACUCUCUUGAUGUACAUGUCGGCCAAUGCUUUACCGUUCUUGUCACUGCCGAUCAAGCGCCUAAGGAUUACUACCUUGUGGCUUCCACUCGCUUUACUAAGACUAUUCUUACUGGUAAAGGAAUUGUUCGCUAUGAAAAUGGCAAAGGAUCUGCCUCACCAGAGAUCCCCGAGGCACCUGUUGGCAUUGCUUGGUCUAUUAACCAAUUCCGUUCUUUCCGUUGGAACCUUACUGCGAGUGCGGCUAGGCCUAAUCCUCAAGGGUCUUACAAAUACGGUCAAAUCGAAAUCACUCGUACUAUCAUAUUGGUAGGAUCAAGCAGUAAGGUUCAAGGCAAAAAUCGAUAUGCCCUUAAUGGGGUUUCGCAUAUUGAUGGUGACACCCCUUUCAAGUUAGCUGAAUACUUUGGAGUUGCCAACAAAGUCUUCAAGUAUAACAUCAUCUCUGAUGAACCACCAGCCAAUUUGGAUAGCCUUACCAUCCAACCCAAUGUCAUAAAUAUCACAUACCGUACCUUCGUUGAGAUUAUCAUUGAAAACCACGGAAAGAGCAUGCAAUCUUAUAACUUGGACGGAUAUUCUUUCUUCGCUGUGGCCACCGAGCCUGGGAGAUGGGCCCCAGAGAAGAGGAAGAACUAUAACCUCCUCGAUGCUGUGAGCAGGCACACCAUCCAAGUCUUCCCAAAUUGUUGGGCAGCCAUAAUGCUCACAUUUGAUAAUUGUGGAAUGUGGAACUUGAGGUCAGAGUUAGCUGAGAACCACUAUUUGGGCCAACAACUCUAUGUUAGCGUUUUGUCCCCAGAGCGAUCUCUCAGAGAUGAAUACAACCUUCAAAACGCAACUAUGCUUUGUGGCAUAGUUAAGGAUAUGCCCAUGCCUCCACCAUAUAACUCCUAA